GGAUAAACCUCCACAAAAAACAGGCCACCAACUACACGGACGUCUCGACCCUGAGUCGAGACCAGGAGGUCAGCGCCGUCAUCUGGGGUGACCCGCAGGAAUCGGAGGUGCUCGCGGGCUGCGUGAACGGCACAGUCAAGGUCUUCAGCACCGAGAAGGGCAAGUUCACCGAAUUCCACGACUGCUCGGGUGGCGAGGGGCCCUUCCGAGGCUUGGCUGUUCAUGACGGCUCGCUGAUCACCUGUGUGGAGUCGGGGCUCUUGAAGGUGUGGAGGGAAGGAUCGCCAAACAAUGUGGAGGUGGAGGUGGGGCGGGAUGUGAUGAGGAUGCGCCAGAACCCGGAGUCGCCCCAAAGGGUGGCUACUGGUGGGAAGGAGAACGAGCUGAAGGUUUGGGACCUGCAGCGACCGGAGGACCCCAUUUUCAGAGCAAAGAACGUACGGAAUGACUGGCUGGAUCUGCGAGUCCCGGUUUGGGUGAGAGAUCUACAGUUCAUCCCCGAGUCUGAGAAAAUCGUCGUCUGCACCGGCCAUCAUCAGGUGCGGGUGUAUGACCCCAGUGCUCCCCAGCGCAGACCUGUACUGGAGACGACCUUCGACGAAUAUCCACUGACUGCACUGUCGCUAACACCGGACGCAAACUCUGUUGUCGUUGGCAACACACACGGAGAGAUUGCUGUUAUUGACCUCCGGAUGGGCAGGCUGGUGAACUGUUUAAAGGGCCAGGCGGGCACUAUCCGAUCCAUCCAGUGCCACCCCACCCUCCCGCUGGUGGCGUCCUGUGGGCUUGACCGCUUCCUCCGAGUCCACGACCUGAACGACAAGAAACUGCUGCACAAGGUGUAUCUGAAAUCACGCCUGAAUUGCCUGGUGUUCACAAGCCGUGCGAACUGGGAGGAGGAGGGUGCGGAGACGGCUGUCGUGGAGGGUGUCAAAGAGGAGGACGAUGCGAUCUGGGAGUCGAUGGCAACUGUGACGGACAAAUCUGCCCCCAAACGAAAAAAACAAGCACCAGAGCUGACUGUGAGGCAAAACAAGACAAAAAAGAGCAAAGAUUCCUGAAGACUGUAGCCCAACCCUCACAGAAUCCUAGAAUCACGGAAUAUUACAGCACAGAAGGCCAUUUGGCCCAUCGUGCCUGUACUGGCUCU